UCGGGUUGAGGUGUCUCUGGAAGGGCUCUGUGCGUUCUUGGGUACAAACAGUAGGAAGAAGUCUUGGCAGCGGGCCAUCAGGAAGUCACCUGGCUGCCCUCUGCCAGCUCCUCUUGUGCCAUCCGCUGCCAGUCACAGAGUCCUGCCCUCUGCCACUCUAGGAGACCGGAUGCGCCUGUCCCUGUGGAGACCAGGGGAUGUGUGAUUGCCAGCCCAGGUGCUGUGAGUGGCUGAGAUGCUGUGGUGGAGGGGAGCCCAGGCCCCGUACUGUCUGGUUGGGACACCCCGAGAAGAGGGACCAGCGGUACCCUCGAAAUGUCAUCAACAACCAGAAGUACAAUUUCUUCACGUUUCUUCCCGGGGUGCUGUUCAGCCAGUUCAGAUACUUCUUCAACUUCUACUUCCUGCUUCUCGCCUGCUCCCAGUUUGUCCCCGAGAUGAGACUGGGCGCCCUCUACACCUACUGGGUUCCGCUGGGCUUCGUGCUGGCUGUCACCAUCAUCCGGGAGGCGGUGGAGGAAAUCCGAUGCUAUGUGCGUGACAAGGAGGUCAACUCCCAGGUGUACAGCCGGCUCACAUCACGAGGGACCGUGAAGGUGAAGAGUUCAAACAUCCAGGUGGGGGAUCUCAUCCUUGUGGAAAAGAACCAGCGGGUCCCUGCAGACAUGAUCUUCCUGAGGACUUCAGAGAAAAAUGGAUCUUGCUUCUUGCGCACGGACCAGCUGGAUGGAGAGACAGACUGGAAGCUUCGGCUGCCGGUGGCCUGCACACAGAGGCUCCCCACGGCUGCUGACCUCCUGCAGAUUCGGUCUUAUGUAUAUGCCGAAGAACCCAACAUCGACAUUCACAACUUCCUGGGGACUUUCACCAGGGAAGACAGUGACCCUCCAAUCAGCGAGAGUCUGAGCAUCGAGAACACGCUGUGGGCCGGCACCGUCAUAGCGUCAGGCACUGUUGUAGGUGUGGUUCUUUACACGGGCAGAGAACUUCGGAGUGUUAUGAAUACUUCUGAUCCCAGGAGUAAGAUUGGCCUGUUUGACCUGGAGGUGAACUGCCUCACCAAGAUCCUGUUCGGUGCGCUGGUGGUGGUGUCGCUGGUCAUGGUGGCCCUGCAGCACUUCGCUGGCCGUUGGUACCUACAGAUCAUCCGCUUUCUGCUCCUCUUCUCCAACAUCAUUCCCAUCAGCUUGCGUGUGAACUUGGACAUGGGCAAGAUCGUGUACAGCUGGGUGAUUCGCAGGGAUUCAAAAAUCCCCGGGACCGUGGUUCGUUCCAGCACAAUUCCUGAACAGCUGGGCAGGAUUUCUUACUUGCUCACAGACAAGACAGGGACCCUGACACAGAACGAGAUGGUGUUCAAGCGGCUGCACCUGGGCACAGUGGCCUACGGCCUCGACUCCAUGGACGAAGUGCAGAGUCACAUCUUCAGUAUUUACACCCAGCAAUCCCAGGAACCACCGGCUCAGAAGGGUCCCACGGUCACUACCAAGGUUCGAAGGACCAUGAGCAGCCGAGUGCAUGAGGCUGUGAAGGCCAUCGCCCUGUGCCACAACGUCACACCUGUGUAUGAGUCCAAUGGCGUGACGGACCAGGCUGAGGCUGAAAAGCAGUUUGAGGACUCCUGCCGUGUGUACCAGGCAUCCAGCCCAGAUGAGGUGGCCCUGGUCCAGUGGACCGAAAGCGUGGGAUUGACCCUGGUGGGCCGAGACCAAUCCUCCAUGCAGCUGAGGACCCCUGGCGACCAGAUCCUGAAUCUCACCAUCCUGCAGGUCUUUCCCUUUACAUACGAGAGCAAGCGGAUGGGCAUCAUUGUGAGGGAUGAGUCCACGGGGGAAAUCACGUUCUACAUGAAGGGCGCGGAUGUUGUCAUGGCUGGCAUUGUCCAGUACAAUGACUGGCUGGAGGAAGAGUGUGGCAACAUGGCCCGGGAGGGACUGCGGGUGCUCGUGGUGGCCAAGAAGUCCCUCACAGAGGAGCAGUACCAAGACUUUGAAGCCCGCUAUGUCCAGGCCAAGCUGAGUGUGCAUGACCGUUCGCUCAAGGUGGCCACGGUGAUCGAGAGCCUGGAGAUGGAGAUGGAGCUGCUGUGUUUGACUGGCGUAGAGGACCAGCUGCAGGCCGACGUCAGGCCCACACUGGAGACGCUGCGCAAUGCCGGCAUCAAGGUUUGGAUGCUGACGGGGGACAAGCUGGAGACAGCCACGUGCACAGCCAAGAACGCACAUCUGGUGACCAGAAACCAAGACAUUCAUGUUUUCCGGCUGGUGACCAACCGUGGGGAGGCACACCUCGAGCUCAACGCCUUCCGCAGGAAGCAUGACUGUGCCCUGGUCAUCUCUGGAGACUCUCUGGAGGUCUGCCUCAAGUACUAUGAGUACGAGUUCAUGGAGCUGGCCUGCCAGUGCCCGGCUGUCGUGUGCUGCCGCUGUGCCCCUACCCAGAAGGCCCAGAUCGUGCGGCUGCUCCAGGAACGCACCGGGAAGCUCACCUGUGCAGUAGGUGAUGGAGGCAAUGACGUCAGCAUGAUCCAGGAAUCUGACUGUGGUGUGGGCGUGGAGGGCAAGGAAGGAAAGCAGGCUUCUCUGGCUGCGGACUUCUCUAUCACCCAGUUCAAGCAUCUCGGCCGCCUACUCAUGGUGCAUGGUCGGAACAGCUACAAGCGCUCGGCAGCCCUCAGCCAGUUCGUGAUCCACAGGAGCCUCUGCAUCAGUACCAUGCAGGCUGUCUUCUCCUCCGUAUUCUACUUUGCAUCCGUUCCUCUCUACCAAGGGUUCCUGAUCAUUGGGUAUUCAACCAUCUAUACCAUGUUUCCCGUGUUCUCCCUGGUUUUGGACAAGGACGUGAAGUCGGAAGUCGCCAUGUUGUAUCCUGAGCUCUACAAGGACCUCCUCAAGGGGCGGCCACUGUCCUACAAGACGUUCUUAAUAUGGGUGUUAAUCAGUAUCUAUCAAGGGAGCACCAUCAUGUACGGGGCGUUGCUGCUGUUCGAGUCCGAGUUCGUGCACAUCGUGGCCAUCUCCUUCACAUCACUCAUCCUCACCGAGCUGCUGAUGGUGGCGCUCACCAUCCAGACGUGGCACUGGCUCAUGACAGUGGCCGAGCUGCUCAGCCUGGCCUGCUACAUUGCCUCCCUGGUGUUCCUCCACGAAUUCAUUGAUGUCUACUUCAUCGCCACCCUGUCAUUCCUCUGGAAGGUGUCUGUCAUCACUCUGGUCAGCUGCCUGCCCCUCUACGUCCUCAAGUACCUGCGGAGACGGUUCUCCCCACCCAGCUACUCGAAGCUCACCUCGUAAGCUGCAGGGAACUCGAGUCUGUGCUGUCCGGGGAAGGAAUUCAAGUCCCGUGUGCAUGAACCGCCUCCGGUGGGCCGUGCCGUCAUGGCUGGCACAAGCAGCUUCACUGAGGCGAGAGAGCGAGCAAGCGA